AAAUGCUGGAGGAGUCUCCGUCUCACCUGGAGUCUGAGGACAUCGAGGACCUGUUCUCUCUGGCGCAGUACUACCAGAGUAAGACUCCUCUGUCUCUGAGGAAGAUGAACCAGAACCUGUUUGGCAGCUCUCUGGUGGCUCUGAAGGAGGAGGACACUGACCUGAGUCAAGCUCUGUGUCUCCCUGUGUCUGUCCCUGAGAUCCUGCAGGCCAACCAGCUGCAGCAGGACGGGGUGCGUUUCUUCGUGGUGGAUUGUCGGCCUGCAGAGCAGUACAACGCGGGACAUCUAUCCACCGCCUUCCACCUGGACUCUGACCUGAUGCUGCAGAAUCCCUCUGAGUUCUCCCUCUCAGUGAAGUCUCUCCUGGAGGCUCAGAAACAGUCCUUAGAGUCGGGGUCCGUUGCCAGCGGGGAACACCUCUGCUUCAUGGGCAGCGGGCGGGAGGAGGAGGACAUGUACAUGAACAUGGUGCUCGCUCACUUCCUGCAGAAAAACAAAGAGUACGUCAGCAUUGCUAAAGGAGGAUUCAUGGCUCUCCAGAAGCACCUGGUGGACAUGAACAUUGAGGGUCUGGACUCGUCGUACAUGCACUGGAUCGUCAGCACGUCCGGAUCCAGCCUCUGCUCUCCAGACGGAGAGAGCGGCCCUGGAGACGGGAAGGGAGUGAAGUCUCUGGUCAACAAGAUGACGUUUGCUUUCAAGUCAAAGUCUGUGAACGUGAAGGAGAAGAUGAUCAGCUUCAUCGAGAACACCGCCACACCUGUCGACAGACAUGUGAGCAGCAGUGACCGGGUGGGUAAACCGUACCGAGGAGUGAAGCCCGUCUUCAGCAUCGGGGAUGAAGAGGAGUACGACACAGAUGAGAUCGACAGCUCGUCGAUGUCCGACGACGACAGGAAGGAGAUCGUGAACAUCCAGACGUGGAUCAACAAACCGGACGUGAAGCACCACAUCCCCUGCAGCGAGGUGAAGGAGACCGGACACAUGUUCCCCAGCCACCUGCUGGUCACCGCCUCCCACAUGUACUGCCUGCGGGAGAUCGCCUCCAGGAAAGGGUUCUCCUACAUCCAGUCCCGACAGGCUCUGAACUCAGUGGUGAAGAUCACGUCCAAAAAGAAGCACCCUGAACUCAUCACCUUCAAGUUCGGCAGCAACAACUCAGCGGGAGUGGAGAUCUCUGCCGUGGAGAGAUAUGUAAUACCGAACGCCGGCGACGCCACGAAGGUGAUCAAGCAGCAGAUCAUGAAGGUGCUGGACGCUCUGGAGAGCUCAUAGAGAGGGGGGGGGGGCUCCAGCUGGACACUAACUGUUAGAGGAGGAGGAGAGUCUGUCCUCCUGCAGAGAGACUAUGUGUGAGGACACACUGUGUGUGUGUGUGAAGACACACGGAGUGUGUGUGGUGCUCCGCUGUCAUCAAACAUCUCACACUAACUUAAAAACCUCCGUCAUGGUUUCCUUUGAUCAAACAUCUCCUUCUGAACACCUUGACCCCUGGCCGACCUCUGGAGCUCCUCCGUCAGGUCUCUCUGCUUCCUCUCAGACCUGAGGCCUCUGUGUUUGGGUCUGGAAGUUAGAGAACUGUAAACACACGGAUCCUCCAGAAACCUACAGUAAUGUUCCUGUUAGCUGUAGUGAUAUGUAUUCCUCUGUAUCACACGUGUUGCUCCAGACUGUGUUACUGUAUUCAUCAGGUGUCGUAUCAGACAAGGCCCACAUUUCUGUAAUAACACACACCUGGAAUAUCUGGAAGAAUAAAUAGCACUGCAGCUAAAAGGACAAACACUUACUCCUGAUGUUGGAGAGCCUUUUCCCAUUCCUCCUCUCCUACAGCAGAUUGAGAUUCCCCCAACACAAAUGGCUUGAGGGUGUGUGUGUGUGUGUGUGUGUGUAUGUAUAUCUAUGCACACACACACACGUACAGUAGGAUGUGUAAACUGCUCUGAAGACCUUUGAGAGGUUUCCUGAAUAUUCAGUGGUUCCUUUUUUUCCAGAGCAGGAAGUCUUUAACGGUUCAGAUCAGUUUGUCUCUGCUGUGUUAAUACAUAUGGUGUGUGUGUGUGUGUGUGUGUGGGGGGGGGGGGGUUAUAUCAAAGAAUUCAGAAAUGGCAAAAAUAUUCUACAUUUCUUUGAGAUUAUAUAUUCCAAAAUUCAUGAGAAAAAAUCUUAAAUAUUGUAUAUUUCUUUUUUCUCGUAUAAAUUACAAAUUUGACGGAAAAAACAAUCAGGAAUAUUAAAAUGUUUCCUUUAAAUUUCAGAUAAUUUUUCUGACGUUUUUCUUGUAAAUCUUAAGUUAUUAUUCAAAAGGGAACAAAAAUCAAAUUUACGGGGAAAAAAAAUUCUUAUUCUUAUUUUGGGAUUUAUGAGUUUUUCGUCGUCAAAACCUUUGAGUUAUAUUUCCAAACCCUUGCUCUCUGUAACUGAACGUCACCCCUCCUCUGACUCCGUCUCAUAUUGAUUGAUUCCCCCUCGGCCCUAAUGCACCUUCAUGACUCUCUGCUUCCUCACAUCUCAUAGCAGCCUCUGACUCUUUCUCUUCCAUCAGUUAAAUAAUACCUGGUGAAGGUGAAUGAAAUGACCUGCUGAGGAGAAUGUCUGUCACACAGCUGGGUAGAGACAGUUUGUAAAAAGUCCUUAUAAAUAUAUAUAUAUCUCUGUUCUCUGUCCAUGUAUUAAUACUAGCUUUAGUGUGCUUGCCACUGUUGCCUUCGGCCUCAUAACGCGCCUCUUCAUCGGACUCUUCCUCGCUUCAUCUUACUUAUGUGUCCUUUGUGUGGAGAUGUGUAGGCUUUACCUUCCUGAUGUCCGUCUGGAACUCAAAGGGGAGAGAAAUAAAGGUCUGUCCCCUUGAGACCCUCAGAAAGUGGAUCCUCACUCUUCAGAGCGUUCCCCCUACCCACGCAUCGUCUGUGAUAUUCCAGUAUCCACAGGCAGAGCAAAUGCAACACGUCUCCAGUGUCAUCUGCACCUUCCUGUACUGCUUUCAUCUUCUAAGCCUUUCUGUUUCUAAUAAAUGGAGAUUAUUACACUGUG